AUGGCCCUCCGCGUCUCGCUCAUGGCGGCCUACCUGCUGGCCGCCCGGACCGCCUCCGCGAGCCUCGCCCUCGCCGCCGACUCCAUCCUCGUCCGCGCCCAAGACGUUCUCUCGACGCCCUACCUCUCCCUCACGCCCAAGCCCGUCCUUGGCCGCCGCCAGCAGCAGCCACAAGUCGGCGACGCAAACAACAACACCAACAACGAUGCCACCACGAGGAAUGACGGCAUCCAGCUCCAGCCCGACGGCUCCCUCAACCUCACGGCGUGGAACAAAGACACCGACGCCGCCUGCGUCGACGCCCUGCGCGCCAUCACGCGCGCCACGAACCCCUCGGGCAACUGCAUCUGCUACAACUUGCCGUCUCUCGACGCCCGCACCGGCGUCUUUGGCGCCGAGCUGCGUCUCUACAAGGUCUCGGAUCCCCGCGACGGCUGGGCCGGCAUCGCACCCGCCGACAUCAAGGUCAGCGUGUCGUAUAGCGGCGCCAGCGCGAGCCCCGUGAGCCCUGAGGCUGUGAAUGGAAAGGGAUUGCAGGGCGGCGCAAAGUCGGUAGUGCAGAGGUCCGUCGGCGGUCUCGAGAGCCGCGAGGAUCACAACCCGCAGCUGCUUCAUGCGUACAUGCUCGUGGGCCAGAUUGAUAACAAGGAAAUGUUGGAUCAAAUGUCCAUGGCCGCGCUUCAGUCGCUCGUCAUGCCAACCCUCACCCUCGCCGCCACCAACAGCAGCGGCGUCCGGCUCGCCACAAACGUCAGCCUCAACGAGGCCACCUUUGUCAACGGCGUCUUCUCGCGCGACAUUGUCCAGUCCGACUUUUCCGCCGCCCAGGCCGCCGUCGACGACGCCCUCGCCGCCCUGCACAACGGCACCGCCGCCUUUGUCCUGCCCGGCGUCCAGCUCAUGAUUCUGCCCAUCGGCCUCAUCAUCACCUCCAUCUGGCUGGCCCUCGGCCUGGCCGCCUACGGCUUGGGCACCUUUGAGCGCGUCCAGUACGCGGCAAUGUACAGGGAGCGCAAGGGCGCCGCUGCCGGCGGAGGUCGAGGGCGGGGAGUCAAGUCGUUUUAA